UGUUAUUAACGAUGUGUGCGUGUUUAUAAAUAUUUACUUAGUUUAAUUAAAAACGACAUUUUUAUUAUCUAUAUAAUACUUCAACAAUAUGUUAGCUAAUACAUGUUCUUUAUUCAGCAAACUGUGCAUUAGAAGUAGUCAACGAACAUUGUCAAUAGCUGUCCUAAAAGAAACACAAGAUACAAAUAUUUCACCAAUUUUUACUAAGAAUUCAAAUCCUGUAGAACAUGAUGAAAGUUGUUUAAAUCAAAUUUACAGAAUAUCUCCAGAUAUUGAAAAAGUAAUAGAAGGAAAUCUAUCAUCUGAUUUAAAGAAGCAAGCAAAAAUUUUUCAGGAAAUUGGUAUUUUAAUUAGACAACCUGCUGUUGAAGUGAUAUCAUACUUGGAACAAGCAGAUUAUACAAAGGCUAUAAAUAAAUAUGUUUUAUAUGGCAAAGAAGGUGUAGGGAAAACAACAACAUUAGUACAUUUAAUUCAUUAUGGUCUUGUGAAACGUUUUAUUGUAUUACAUUUGCCAUGGGUUUGUACUUGGUUUCGAUACCCAAAAGAAGUUUCACAAUCUCCUUUGGAAAAGGAUAAACUGGAUCUACCUAUUGAUGGAGAAAUGUGGUUAAAGUAUUUUAAAACAUUGAACAAAUUAACAUUAGAUCAGUAUGAUCUGAAGACUUCUAAGGAAUACAUAUGGUCUCAAAGAGAAAUCAUCAAAUCUGGAGAUUCACUCUCUAAUCUUAUUGAAUUUGGAAUAGACAGAAAGAAAUUUUCUUGUGGUGUCAUUAAUGCUUUGGUAGAGGAACUUAAGACAGCUAGUAUAGCAGGGAAAUGUAGAACAUUAGUUGUUAUAGAUGGUUUUAAUGCAUUUCUUUCUAAUUGUACACGGGUAUGUAAUGAAAAUGAAAAGGAUGUACCACCUGACAAAAUAUCAAUAACAUCAGCAUUUUACAAUUGCGUCAAUUACAACUGGUGUAAUGGUGCUGCAAUAUUAACAGUGGAUAAGAGAGCAACUAAAGAUAGAAGAGAUUCUGAUGAUCCGAUUUAUUUACUUGGUAAAAAAGGAUUUGAGCUUUUAGAUCCCUUUGUACCAAUUUGCGUGGAAAAAUAUUCGAGAGACGAAUUUAAAGUUAUAUUACAAUAUUAUACAAAUCGAAAUUGGAUCAGAGAUAUUAGUCCUGGGGCAGAAAAAGAAAUCGAAUUAUUAACCAACAAAAAUCCAGUUGAGAUUUGGAGAUUUUGUAGAUCAAUAUAA